UUGAUUAUUCUGUGCGAAUUGCGGACAAUAUCAAAGAAUGCGAAUAUGUCUGGUUCUCUGCUUACCGCAUGGUAUAUAACGUAAAACGAUGUAUCUUAUAUAAAUAUGAACUUUUGUUAUUAAUGCAGAGUGUGUUAAAUGAAGGAUAUGAGAUAGCGACGUGAAAAAGAUUAACUCGUUGGUGAAUAUACUAAUAUCAACAUGGCGGAACAGCAGCAAUCACCUCCUGGUAUUAAACAUAUGUCCUUGGAUAAAAUAAUCGAAGCUAUGACUGCAGAGCUGGAGAAUUCGAGUAGUCCUUAUGUUCAAUUUGGUGUUACUCCGCAGCAAGCGACCUCUCAUAAUUGGGGUGAUUAUGCUACCGGUCAGACUAGACAUCACAUCGCAACUGGGCAACCAGCACAUUCUAAUCCAUCUGGAAUACAGCCAAUAACACCAAUGACCACUUCUCUGUACAUGCCAGAUAUGCCUGGUUAUGAUUCCACGGCUACUGACUCAAUAUAUUUUCCGCCACAGACAGUGAAUCAUUUGGGUAUUAAUGAGAAUAACGAUCUCAUUGGCACCAUUGAUGUUGGAGGAGGCAACUAUAUCAACGUUAUUUACGGAAACGCUUCCCAAAUUAUGGCCGAGCAAUGUCAACUCUCAAACAUGGCACCUUAUCCCAAUCAGAGCAUGGUUAAUCAAGAGUACGGUCUUUUUAACGAUCAACAUAUGCCUGUACCGUCUGAGUUGCCAAGUCAACACUUCAAUGGGAAACAGUUGAUUGACAAUCUAGUUGGAAACUGGGUGCCGAAUCAAUCCGGAACGUAUAGCCCGUUCGGUGGGUCUCCCAAUAUCACGCCUGUACCACAGUCUGUACCAGACAUGAGAGAGACGGAGGAACUACCUAGAAAUAUGUCGGACUCUCAAUACAAGAAACCGAGGAUGGUGGCGGAGGUAAAACCUAUGCGACCGUCCUAUUCGGACGUAUUGACGAAAUCUGCGCCAACUCCACCAUCUCCGUUAACAGUACAGUCUAUGAAGCCGAAAAUCGAAACUACUGGCAAGAAGGUCUCCAAUAAGAGCUCCAAAAGUAAGAAUAAACCUGCGCUAUUGAAACGGCAAAAUUCGUCCGGCAGCGACGAUCACAACUCCCCGAAAAUACAGAUCCCUAGAAAAGUUUUAGAAAAGAAUUCCUCCAAUCUUCCAAGACGUUGGGUGUCGUUGGACAACCUCGGCUCGCAGUCCGACUCGCGUCAGAUAAAUACCUUCGACAGGUCCGAUCACUUCGAGAAGAAGAAAACCGUGAAACCGUCUAAGAAAACGGAAAAGAACGAGACCCUUAACAAUACUAAGAUACAAAAUAGCAAUCCAAAAGCUGCUGGGAAUAUUCCGAAACGUCCGAUACAGAUAAACAACAAUUUGAGUACAAUUAACACCUCCAGUCAGACGGUCUCUCCGGAGAAGAUCGAGAAGAACCAGCAAGUUAUUAACAAGUUCAGUAAAGAGGAUAAGAAAGUAGUCAAGGAGAAGAAUCCUAAACGCUUUCAGGCUGAGAAGGCGCAGCAAAUUAAGAAAGGGCAGAGAAACAGAAGAAGAGAAAAUAGAGAAUCUCCUGUCAAGGAUUUAUGUAAAAAUUUAAAUAAAUAUGCCACACGCUGGAGUAAAGUUGUAUUGAAAAUCUUUUAUUGGCUAUUACAUCUAGUUUCUGACGUAGUUAGCAUGAGCGCUAAUCUCGUUGUACAGCUCGGUAAAUGGGCUUGGUACCAUAGCAUACUUUAUUUAAAGGGUUGGUGGAUAUAUAUGGCUGUGACAUUUUGUAAAAUUCGCGUUCUAAAUGCCAUCGGCAAACAACUGGAUAGCUGGUUUGGAAGCAGUAAGUUUGCGUUUUGGCGAAAGAUAAAUACCAAAAGCGAAGAGAAGGAGGACAAUGGCAAUUGGAUUCACGGCGGGUUGGAAACUAAUAUUGCAUUACCUAGUACUGGCGAAGAAGCCAUGAAGAGAUUACUGGCUUGCAAGGGAAAGGAUCCGUACAGUAUACUUGGCGUUACACCCACGUGUUCGGAUGAUGAUAUCAAGAAAUACUAUAAAAGGCAAGCUUUCUUAGUCCAUCCGGACAAAAAUAAUCAGCCUGGAGCUGAAGAGGCGUUCAAAAUUCUCGUACACGCCUUCGAUAUCAUCGGAGAACCGGAACGAAGACAGGCAUUUGACCAGACUAGACAAGUUGAAGCAGCAUGGGGCGAACUCAGUGAUUUGUUGUCUCAGCUUCAUCGAAAGAUGGAGCAGGCGGCAAAUACCAUAAGAUGUACAAAUUGUGGUUCGAGACACAAACGUAUUCCUACACAACGUCCCUGUUAUGCCGCACGGUUUUGCGCCCAAUGUAAAAUACGUCACAGCGCGAAAGAGGGAGAUAUCUGGGCGGAGUCUCGUUUAAUGGGUUUUCGAUGGCACUAUUACGCGUGCAUGGAAGGGGCGGUAUAUGAUGUGACCGAGUGGGCGGCUUGCCAGGCCGGGAAUCUCAAGCAUCUUAGAGCAAACACACAUAGUGUCCAGUAUAGAAUCGUCUUAGGGCAAAGAUUACCAUCUCAAACAUCCAAUAGCGGUAAAAAGCGACAACAAAUAGAUCCAAAUACGAGCGAAGCAGAUAUCGAGGACUUUCUGAAUAAUCUCUACAACCAUAGCAAAUCUGGCAGUGCUAAUACAUCAGGGGAUCAAAACUCCUUUAGAGGAGAUUGCAGACGACGUAAGACUAAACGUAAGAAGUAGACAAGUAGUAUAACGGUGAACAACUUCUGAGCGUUUCGUAUCAACAAUGUAUGACUACGAGUAAUACACACACACACACAUACACACAUACUAUACAGUUUCUCAAAUUUACAUUAUCCUUAAGCGAUUGACUUUAGGAUAUAGAUACAUGUUAUGAAGAUUCAGCAAUGUGCGACUGAUAAGCGAUACAUGAGAUUAUGAGAAAUUGUGUUCACGACGAGUGGCGCGUAGAAAUCAUUAUUGCAUCAAAUAAAAUCAUAGUUCACAAUAUUAUGAAGCUUGAGAACAAUAGGGGAAUAUCGUAGUAAUAACACGUAGUGACAAAUAUCCUGUGAACCAACUAUUCGUGUUCAGGAUAAUAAUAUAUGUCAGUCAGUAUAUUUUGCCAGUUUAAAAUAAUAAUAAGAACGUUAAUUUUUCGAGUUAUAAAACGACACGCGAAGAUGCCAAAUAACGAUUAUAGAAACAAAUCAUUUCGGUGACAUUGCAAAGUUAUAUUUGAACAUUGAAGUUUUGAUACGUGUAUUGAGACAAAGUUUUGUAUCUUCCUGGUACAAUAUCGUGUCGUAAUUUCAUGCGUUUGUUCUUCCAAAAUAAAAUAUAAAACAGAGAGUGGAUCAGGUUAUAUUAAAAUUAUAGAUUUUGCUAUGUAUUUUAUCUUUCAACAAUUAUGCUUCUAAACUAAAAAGAAGAAUUGGCAAAUGUGGAAGAAGACUGAUUUUCUCUCAUUCUGUUACUUAUAAGUUACAUAUUAUUAUUAGUUAGAAAAACAAUUCUAAUGAUAUAUACUCUGCUAAGUGUGGAAAUAAUUUGAAUUCUUUAGAUGGAAAUUAAUGUCCGCGAAUCCCACUUUCAAUAUUUAUAUAUGUAUGCUUCUCAUAUAUAAUACAAAACUCUAGGAUGAAAGAAAAAUGAUGUAUGUACAUGUAUGCAAUGUUACAUUACACAGAAGCUGCACUAUCAACUGUAUAGAAAAGGAGAAAUUAGAAUUAUUAUGAGUUAUUAGGAGGAACAAUGUAUGAAUUAUAAUAAUUAAAAUCUCAUACAACGUAUAAAUAGCCUCAUAAAUAGUGCAGCAAGAAUUUAAAAAAAAUUAGCUAUAUUAGUAUAGCUAAUAUCUUCUAUUUGCUAUAUUAGUAUAGUAUAGCUAUAUUAGUAUAGCUAAUAUCUUCUAUUUGAUCAAUAACCAAUAUUAUAUAUGUGUACAUUAUUAAUACAAACACUUUUUUAUAAGUUUUAACAACUAAUAUGUAACUUACUACAUUAACUUUUCUUUUGCAAAGCGUUGUGAACUACAUAAUACUUUACAUAUGUAAACCAAUUUAAGAUGUGUACUGAUGAAAAGUGUA